UGCGGAGCCCUUAGGGAUACCCCGCAGGGCAGGUUCUCGCUGCUUCAGUAUGGACCAGGGGACCAGCAUGGGGCCUGCUCCUAAACCUCCUUUGCGCUCCCCAUAUUCUGGACCCUGCAUCAGUUACAGCAGCCUUGGGGCUGCUCUAACUUGAACUCUGGCCACUGUGGGCCCUGGGGGGCAGAGAAUAGCCAUGGCGCAGUGCGCUCCGGCCACACCACAGGUCCACCCUCUCUGCCAGGUCUGGGAGAGGGGUGCAUUCAGGACCAUCACCCCAACUCCACCCCAGCUGGGGGAUCCCCAUGCGUGUGGGGAUUCUCAGGCUGUUUCUGCCCCGCUAUGCUGCAAGAGGGGUGCAGAGGGGCCCAGGCGUGACUGAGAAUCACACCCAGUUUCUCAUGAAGACAUCCUCUCCCAUUGCCACCCCCCAAUGCACCUACCUCUCUGGGCACAACGGCGGAGCUAGGGACCGGGGGCUCUCCCCCUGCAACAGGAGGGCAGAGCUCAUUCCAGAAUCGGGUCUCCCCCCAGGAGGAAGGGGCUGUGCCCUCCCCCAUAGGGAGAGACAGCAUGCGCCCCUCCCACCAGAAAAAAACCCUCUCUCCUCUGCCCCCUUUACAUGGCAGGACAAUGCCCUGAUUUCUCUUCGCUGCCCGUGACUCGUGAGAAAGGCGACGGCAGAAAUGCCAUGCAGGAAGUAGCAGGUUCGAUUCUCUCUCGUCCACUCAGUUCCCGGGGCGGGACCGGGGGGGGCCAAACGCAGGCGCCAGACCCUCCAAACAAAUCCGCGGGGCCCAGUUCGGAGGAGUUGCGGCAAGAAGAAAGGAAAAGGCCCAACACGUUUUAUUUUAAAGUGGGGGGGGGGACAAAACCCCAAACCAAAGAACACGACAGGCUCCUUCUCCGUCUCAUCCCGUCCCUCCAUUUCCCCGUCCAAAGUGCCCCAGAUAGCACAUAACAGGCCCAGGAUCUUCCAUCCUACAGGUCCUGUCCAGCCCGGUAAUGCCCACUCCCCAGGCGGGCCCAGCAGGGGUUAUAUAAAGGGCUUCCCUACCCAGAACCCUUUGCGGAGAAGGGAAGUCCCUCCCCUGCGUCUAGGCUACUGACAGUUCAUCUAGCCAAUCAGCUUUCACCCGUUUCGUUUAUAAGGCCUUCCCCUCCAUCCCACCGCUCAGCUUCAAGGGGCAGAGAUGCCAGUGGGAGGAGGCGGCUGGGCCCAGCAGCUCCCCUUCGGCAAAGAACUCUUCCAUCUCCAGCUGCAGGUCCCGCAGGUCCUGGAUCUCCUGGGCGAUGGAGUCCAGGUGCCGGAGAAGCGCCAGCUCCGGCAAUGCAGGGCCUUCGCCCGCCGUCCGUACGGCAGUGCCGCCUCCUGGGACCCUCAAAAGGACGGCAUCCUUCAGCGGCUCUGUAACCGGUACUAUGACAUCGAAUACCUCGUCAACUGGAGCGCGAAGCUUCCCUCCAAAAACCUGCGAAGGAAGAACGCGUACUACCGUUACACCAAGGACCUCUACGGAGACAACGCUGCCACCGCCUUCUUCGUCCUGACCCACAGAGGAAGAGUGAGGUUUCAAGGCCAGGAGACCUGGUUCUGUGUGGACCAGCGCGGAAAGUUCAGCUUCGAUUUCCUGCAGCUCCGAGACGUGCCCGUGGUGGCCAUCGACCUCGCGGGCUCCGUGUUGAACUACGAUGGGGUGGAUAACCUAGUGAAGCUGACGGCGCUGCAAUCCCUGGACCUGAGCCGCUGCCCCCACGUUGACGACUGGACCCUAAGUCGGCUGCAUGUCUUCAAGGACAGCCUGGAGGAGCUCUCGCUGGCUGGGUGCCCCCAGGUCACGGAGCGGGGGCUGGCUUGCCUCCACCAGCUCGAGCACCUGCGACGCCUCGACCUCUCGCACCUGCCCUCGGUGCCCGUCCCGGGGCUGGUCCGCAUCUUGGUGGAGGAGAUGCUGCCCCGGUGCGAGGUGGUGGGGCUGGGCCCCGGGGACGGGCUGGCCCCGGUUUCUGGCGCCCAGACGAGCAGGGACGGAAGAGAGGAGCCCAGCGUCCCCAGCGGGGCCAGGAGAGCUGACGAGAUCCCUGCCUGACGCCCGGCUGCCCUGCCCCUGGCUUUUCCCGAUGCUGAUGGAAGAGGGUGGGAAGAGAUGGGCGCAAGCCGCGCUCCCCUCCGAUCACAGCCCGCAAAGGACCCCAGCAUCGCCGGAGACCUGGGCGGUCCGGGCACCCCGCUUCGCUCACACCUAGGACAGGGCUGGCAAUGGCUGUAGUCAUUAAAGGCCCCUCCCUGUGCUGCUCCCACGUCCUUGUUUGUGGGGAGAGGCCUGAGCGCCAGGAGAAUGUGGGGAUACCAGGAUGGAAGUGGCCGGGAGGCCAGGGCCCUUUGCAGUUCAGCAGGUGAACCCCCGGGCUGGGGUGGUUUGGUUUGGGUGGCGGCGGGGCCGGCCGGGAGCCUGGAACGGCUCCAAGGGACCUGGCAGAAGGGAAGAUUUUUCGCGUUGGGCUGAGAAAGUUCUCGGCGCACAACCGUGCGGAUGUUCCCCACGCCGCAGCGGGCAGGAAACGGCAGAAAGAACCGUAAAACGGCCCCUUCCCCCCCCCCGUUCAGGCCGGCUUCAGGCCGGGGAGAAGCAGGCGGGCAGAGAGCCGGCCGCGCCUUCAUAUUCCUAGUGGGAGGCUGUCGCGCCCGCGUCUCCCCCUCUUCCGCCCGCAGGCCUGGCCCAUCGCGUCCACCACCAGCUCUGACCUCCCCUCCGUGUCCCUCCGGCCGGGUACGGCGCCGGUCCCUGGUGCCCGUCGCCCGGGCAUGUCAUCUCCCGACACGGUGCUGCCGCCAGCCCGGCGCCUGGGGAGAAGUGGCUCUCGCCUGCCCAGUGCCGGGCCGCGUGCCAGCUGCAGCGGGUGCCGAGUGAUGUGUCCAUGUGUCUCUGCCCCCAAGGGAGGCCAUUAGCCGCGGGGAAGCUUCUGUUCCCUGUUAGCUUUUGGCUCGGGCGUCAGCUGCCCGCGAAGCUGCUGGGUGCGGGGUGCCUGGCGCCCGC